AUGGCGCUUUUCGUCCGCACAAUCCGCCGCCCGCUUCUCGAAGCACGGCCAUCCGCCCAUUUUGGAAGAGGCCUGACGACCGUAUCGCACACCCUCGAGACGGGCAACGUGCCCGACCCGCUCCUCCAGUCCGGCCAACACGUCUCGCAAGAUCUCAAGCAGAAAGUCGAAUCGGCUCCUUCAAUACCACAAUCGACACCAUCAUCAACGACACCCGCAUCGCCCAACGCCCGGCAAGACGUCGUAUCCCAAUACCUCACCCCUUCGAUACGGACCCUGCUUCCUCUUCUCCACUCCCAACCCGCACACUACAUCACCGCGCACAUCCACGGGCGCCCCUACCUCCUCACACCCGGCGACACUCUGCGCCUACCCUUCCUCAUGCCGCAUGUCAAAGCCGGCGAUGUCCUGCGCCUCAACCGCGCGACGCAUAUCGGCUCGCGGGACUACACACUCAAAGCUGCCGAGGCAAUCAAGGGCAACUCCGACCACGGGAAGAUUGUGCAUUAUCUGGAUGAGCGGCUAUUCACGUGCCGGGCGACGGUGGUCGGGGUCGAGAGUGAGCCCAUGCGCGUGGUAGAGAAGACGAAGAGGAGGCAGAGGCACACGAGGCAUGUGUACAGCAAGCACAAGUACACAGUGUUGAGGGUAGGUGAGGUGGAGGUUAAGAGUUUGGAGGAGUACGAGGAGGCAUUGAAGGAGGAGAAGCAAUGA